GUCGGCGCUUGUUGUGGAGUGUUUGUGGGCUGCCUGGCGGCGGCGGGGCGACCCUUAGGGCGCGGGGACCGAGCGGGUUGGACCUGCUCGCCCGGCUGUGCCCGCAGAGAAGCAGAUUCCACCGUGUGGUUUAAAUCAGGAAUGAGAUCUUCGGAGAGCUCAGAGCCCACUACGUUUUGGUUAACAUGGAAGACAAAAGACGCCGAGCCCGAGUCCAGGGAGCCUGGGCUGCUCCUUCAAGAAGCCAUGGUGUUGCCCAGCCAGCUACCACUCCCACAAGCCAUCUCCGCCAAACACCUGCUCAGACCUGGAGGAGCAAGGAGCAUCAUCUCUCUGGCUCUCUAAGAGAGUUUGUGUUUGAAGAACCCCAGCUGGUGGCACGACGCGCUCCGGAGCCGCGAGUGAUUGACAGGGAGGGUGUUUAUGAGAUCAGCCUGUCACCCACUGGAGUAUCUACGGUGCGUUUGUAUCCUGGCUUUGUUGACUGGAAAGAAGCUGACUGCAUGCUGGAACAGCUCUGUCGAGAUGUGCCCUGGAAGCAGAGGACUGGCUUCAGAGAUAAUAUAACUUAUCCACAACCAAGACUUACAGCAUGGUACGGAGAACUUCCUUACACUUAUUCAAGAAUCACUAUGGAACCAAACCCUCACUGGCAUCCCGUGCUGAGCACCCUGAAGAAGCGCAUCGAAGUGAACACGGGGUACACCUUUAACUCGCUGCUCUGCAAUCUGUACCGGAAUGAGAAGGACAGCGUGGACUGGCACAGCGAUGAUGAGCCCUCGCUGGGACGGUGCCCUGUCAUCGCCUCCCUCAGCUUUGGUGCCACACGUACUUUUGAGAUGAGGAAGAAGCCCUCCCCAGAAGAGAAUGGAGACUACACCUAUGUGGAGAGAGUGAAGAUACCUCUGGACCACGGAACCUUGUUAAUCAUGGAGGGAGCUACCCAAGCUGACUGGCAGCAUCGAGUGCCCAAGGAGUACCACUCGAGGGAGCCGAGAGUGAACCUGACCUUUCGGACAGUUUAUCCGGAUCCAAGAGGGGCCACCCGCUGAUGGGACAUCUGUCACAGCGACGCCACAAGGAACCAGCGCCCACCUGCUUCGACAGGAAGUGUCCUGAGGCAGUGGGGGCUCAGUUCAGGGACGGUCAUGUGGCCCGUGUUGCGAGGCUUGCUCUCAGCUCCGAGCCAGCAGCUCUGGGCGGCCAUGUGUGUGCCAUGGGAAUGUCUUCUCCUCACUCUGUCUCAGAAUCGCAUGUUAUCUUUAGGCAAAUUAAAACUGGCUGUGUGGCUGCUUUUCUGCUUAA